GCGAAGGCCUGGCGUGGGGCUCCCCUUGCCUUACCUGACGCGACCGGGUCGGGACCCGCCACCCGCCCUUUCUCGCCUCGGGAGCGGGGGGCCUCGGCCUCCUCAGCGAGUAGCCCCACAACAGGCCUCCUCCCUAUCGCUAGGUGGUGGGAGAGACCGAGCAUGCGCGCGUAUGAGAUACUUGGUUACAUGACACCAGCCUUUGCCAACUCGGUGCCCUCUUGGAAGUUUUGGACUACAACUCCCAUCUGUGCUGGUGAGCGUUGUUGUCCAAAAGUUCUUCCGGGAGGUUACCGGGUUGGCAAAGGCUGAGUGGCGAACGUGCAUAGAAACUCACGCACACACGGUAUUAGGGCAGUUGCACGCCUUACAUUUAAAAGCGCAUGACUUUACCUUGGAGAAUAUCGGGAAAGGUAGUUUCCCCAGUACAGAACUACAGUUCCCAGCACCCCCUAGCAAACUACAGUUCCCAGGAUUCUUUCAGGGAAGCCACGUGCUUUAAAUGGUUGAAAAUCUGCAACUCCCUGGAGGUGCAGGCGGAGAUCCUCUCAGACUGACUGGCCUGUUUGAUCCUCUGGAGCUUUUGAGCCGUCAGUCCUUUUGAGCCGAUGGAGCAUCUUCUGCAUGUCUCCUGAAAAGCAAUGGCUGCUGCCUCGCACCUGAACAUCUCAUCCUCUGAACGGAAGACCUCCUUUGGCAUUGCGAAGCCUCCCAUCUGGCAGCCACACUCCCUCAGCAUGCAUGUCACCCGGCCAAAAUCUGCAAAGGGGCGCACGAGAUCCAACUUGAAUUACUCCCACAGCAUAGAAGCCUACUCCUACCAGGUGCCAUCGUCUCCUCAGCCAUUAGCUCCCUGUGAAGAAGCUGCAAGUGGCCGAAAGACCUUGUCGACCCAGCAGCUGUACCAACCUGUUCAGGUGUUCCCUGCUGAAAUCCCAGAUCUCCUCCAGCAGGUGCCUAUGAGAACUUCCUCCUCCUUAAACAAGUACAGAGUGCUCCCAUCCAUCAGCAGGAAAGAACUGCGGAAGGGUGCCGUGGAGAUGAUGUCUGAGCAGGCUGGUCAGCUCCAAGGGAGUCCCCAACCAGAAGAGAAAGAGCAAGGCUUCAAAGAGCUUCUUCCCCUGGUGGGGAAAGCCUCCACCGAUAUCAUGGCAAAACACAAAGGGGGCGGUGGAGAAUACGCUCAGAAUCCACCUCCUCUUCUGGAGACAAAGCCCCGAAGUAAAACAAGGGAAGGGGCCCAUCCCGUGCUGAAUUUGGAAGAGCCCAGCGAGAAGGAGCCGAGGUUGCUUCUCGCCAUCAGGUCUCCUUCAGGUCACAGAUUUGAGCAUCACUUCAGGCCGACGGACAGCUUGAAAACCGUCCUUACAGUGGCGGAGCAAAAGAACUCGGUCGUGUACAGACGCUGCAGCAUUGAAACAGUGGAAGUGCCUCGGAGGACCUUCGCAGACCUCACCAAGUCCUUGCAAGAGUGCGGGAUCCCUCACAAGUCAGUGUUGUGUAUCCUGCAGGAGUCGCAAGAGGGGGAGCUGUAAGCAUUCAGAGGCUGUUCUUUGCAUUAAAUGCCAUUGGAGAGUGGAUCUCUAGAUCCAGCUGACGCCUUUUCUCUGGUGUAGCACUCCCCCCCACCCCGCCCACAAGCUCUUCCCUGUGGAGGACCAUUUUGUUUCUUAAGCUUUGCAUUGAAGCUUUGCAUUGAAAACCCCACCCACCCCCUCUCCCAACUUCCCAUAUUCCCCAUUGCAUUUUGUAGGUUUGCUGAGUUUUCAAAAUGGCCUGUUCUCCAGGGAAGUCUUACAAUCCUGAUUCCUUUAUUCCAGUGGAAGGGAUUGGUUUGUGAUAUUUGUUUGGCUCCAGGAAUAGAUCCUUUCCCCACACCAAUGUGAGUUUUAAGAUGAGUGGACGGGGAAAGAUGGAUAUAAAUAGCUGGCCCCCCAGGAAUGUCUCUUGCACAAAUUCCAUUUAACGAUGUUGUCAUCCGUUUGCAAAACUUCUUUUCAGCAGGGGUUGUGCAGGAGAAGGUUCUGGUGAUUGUGACCAAUUCUUCUCUCCACCCCGCCCCUCCCCCAAGUUCUUCCAGUCAAGAUCCAAAUAGUUUUUUGCUUUGAUGGAAGUGCAACUGACCCCAACACUUGCUCUCUCUUGUCCAUGGAAAAAGCCAAGAUUUAUGACAGCUGCAUUAGUUCAGCCUACCAGUUUGUUGCUGUAUUGUUAAUCAGAUGUUCCUUUCACAAGAUUAUGGCACAAAUUAGACUGGAAAGAUCCCAUCUAAGUGGGCUUACCCAGUGCAAAUUUGAAUGUUGAGUGUUGUUUGGUAACAGGUAACAGAACCUUUGCUUUUUUGAAACAAAAAUGAGUUAAUUGCAAACGUGUGUCGAUUUCAGUAUUCUGUUAUCAAUCGAGUUUUGCUUGGGGAUGAGCAAGGGGCUUUUCCUGAAAGCUGCUUUCUCUUUUUUUUUUAAAAAAAAUGAAUCUUAACCUCUUUGUGUUUAUCAAAAUGCCAUUUAUAUUCUUUUUUAAAAAUCUGUGUUUGAAUGUUUUUAAAAAAGCUUUCUGUUCACAUGCA